GCAUGCUCUUCUGACAGCCACCUAGGUGCCCCAGGAUGUAAACACUUUAAAGUUCCUGAUAAAUAUUAACCGAAAGUACCUCCCAGAGAGGUUGUACCAGACUGCCCUCACCACCAAUGGAUUAUAGUAUUUUUUUUUUUGCAUAUUUUAUGUUAUAAACCUAGUCAUACUGGAAAUGUUACACAUUUUUUAUUUUGUCUUAGACAUGUUCAUUCUCCUAGACUUAUCGUUCAGACAGUUGAUUUGAUGUCACUCAGGCUGUUUUGGACGAGUGUACCAAUACUGUCCUUUUUUACAUGAAGACAGUACCACUUAGGAUGUGAAUGAAUGCAUUAUCCAGGUUCCUCAUACUUCUCCAGCUGGUUCCUGAAGGUUCUUAGAUUCAAAUAGAGUGGCUUUUUGCCAGCACAAAUUGACACUUCAACCCACAGUGAUGUAUUUUGUUUCCUUGUUGGUUAAGAGAGCCAAGAUUUCAAACUACUUUCUCUCCACUAGGUUUUAUAAUUUGACUCACAACAAAUUAUAUUGUGUUUCUCAAAUAUUGUCCAUAGCCAAGAGCUCUUUUGAAAAGAAGUUGUUUUUAUGUUUGUAAUACAUCGAUUACUGUUUGCUAGUGAGCUGCCGUAAUGCUUUUGCUUAGACAUUGUCACUAGCUAGUUAUUAAACAUCUAUUAUCGCUCAUGCAGAAUUAACUUCCACUUAAAACAUUCCAGUUAAACAAAACUUCAUUGUAAACCCUUUAAUUGAUUCCUUGUCUCUGCACAUAAAGCAGUCUCAUUCAGGAGCAUGAGUCACUAGCACAAUUCUUAGUGGAUUGCUCAGCUUUUGAUCUGGGAUACCCAGAUAGUUCAUACUUCAGAGUCAUGGUGAGUCAAUAUUGAAAUCUUUUAGCUUGAUUCAACCAGAUUUUCUGGUGUGACUGUUUGGGAAGUGCCUUUGUGACAAUUUGACAUCUUAUCAUUGUUUAAUUUCACUGCAGUUAUUUCACCUCUUUCCUGCUCCCUUAAGAGUUCUGAAUUCCACAUAAUUUGUUGGUUGUUUUUAUGAAUUUUAUUCUGCCUGAGGUGAUUUUCAUCAAAUGUUAAUGGACGGGACCUUAGAAAUCAUCUGAUAUUCUGCAUGUAUUUUACAAUUGGAAAGAAAUAACUUACUCCUGAAGCACUUGUUAGAAUCUCUCGGCUCCUAGUUCAGUGUGUACUUCAUCUUGGUUUCAUAAAAUUCAAGAGGAAAUCUGGAAAAGUUAUAAGCAAAACAUCAUUUCUCUAAGAAAAUUCUGGAUAACAGAAGUUCUGGAUAACAGGGCAAGCCGAUUCAGUCACCAUGAGUUGGAGCUUCCUGACUCGCCUGCUAGAGGAGAUCCACAACCAUUCCACGUUUGUGGGGAAGAUCUGGCUCACUGUAUUGAUUGUCUUCCGGAUUGUCCUGACAGCUGUAGGGGGGGAGUCCAUCUAUUAUGAUGAGCAAAGCAAAUUUGUAUGUAACACAGAGCAGCCAGGCUGCGAGAAUGUCUGCUACGAUGCCUUUGCGCCCCUCUCCCAUGUGCGCUUCUGGGUAUUCCAGAUCAUCCUGGUGGCAACCCCCUCGGUGAUGUACCUGGGCUAUGCCAUUCAUAAGAUUGCCAAAAUGGAGCACGGCGAAGCAGACAAGAAGGCAGCUCGGAGCAAACCCUAUGCAGUGCGUUGGAAACAGCACCGGGCUCUGGAAGAAACGGAAGAGGACCAUGAAGAGGAUCCCAUGAUGUAUCCAGAAAUGGAAUUGGAGAGUGAAAAAGAAAAUAAGGAGCAGAACCAACCUAAACCCAAGCAUGAUGGCCGACGGCGGAUUCGGGAGGAUGGGCUUAUGAAAAUCUACGUGCUGCAGUUGCUGGCAAGGACCGUGUUUGAGGUGGGCUUUCUGAUAGGGCAGUAUUUUCUGUAUGGCUUCCAAGUCCAUCCAUUUUAUGUGUGCAGCAGACUUCCUUGCCCUCAUAAAAUAGACUGCUUUAUUUCUAGACCCACUGAAAAGACCAUCUUCCUUCUAAUAAUGUAUGGUGUUACAGGUCUUUGUCUAUUGCUUAAUAUUUGGGAAAUGCUUCAUUUAGGGUUUGGGACAAUUCGAGACUCGCUGAACAGUAAAAGGAGGGAACUGGAAGAUCCGGGUGCUUAUAAUUAUCCUUUCACUUGGAAUACACCAUCUGCUCCUCCUGGCUAUAACAUUGCCGUCAAACCAGAUCAAAUCCAGUACACCGAACUGUCCAACGCUAAGAUUGCCUACAAGCAAAACAAGGCCAACAUCGCCCAGGAACAACAGUACGGCAGCCAUGAGGAGAACCUCCCGGCUGACCUGGAGACUCUGCAGCGGGAGAUCAGAAUGGCUCAGGAACGCUUGGAUCUAGCAAUCCAGGCCUACAGUCACCAAAACAACCCCCAGGCACCCCGGGAAAAAAAAGCCAAAGUGGGGUCCAAGACUGGGUCCAACAAGAGCAGUGCUAGUAGCAAAUCAGGGGAUGGGAAGACCUCCGUCUGGAUUUAAUCUUGGCUCAGCUUAGAACUUGUGCUUCUCAUAGUUUAUGGUAAGCAGCAGCUCACUGAAGAAUGACUUCCAUUGAGUAAACAUCUGGCUCUGGUUAUCUUCAGGGAUGCUGUUGGCUCAUGGUCCAAGCUCAGGGGACUCUGAAAGCGGGGCUGGGACAGGGGGGAGAAAAGGGGAAAAUAGUGUUCCUGGGCACAUAUUCCAGCAAUAAUACAGUUAUGGAACUUGACAUUUGUGUCUUCCAGAUCUGGAAAAGAACAGAUAUAUUUAAAUCAUUCUUGUUGAAAAGUUUUUGUAUGUACAGUAUUAUGGUACAUUUUUUUAGUAUGAGAAUUUUUUUUGUAUUUGUAUAUUGGACCACUGUAGUUAUACUUUUAUAUUAAAGGAAAAAAACCUUAAAGUUAUGCCUAUUAGGCCAGUGUUAUUACUUUUGUUCAGCGAAUGCUACCCUGGGUUUAAAGUUUUAAUAGAUGCCACACCUAAUAAAAGUGUCUGUUGUGUUGCCGGAAGAUUUCCAAGACGUGAGGAACCAGAGAAGGAAGCAUCAGCUUUCAGUCUUGGGAAGAAAGUCCUCAGUAGGGGGAGGCUGAGGUCUUUUCUCCUUUACUUAAGAAAUCUGCGAAUCUCGUUCAUGUACCCAGACUUGUAUCUAGUCUUUGAAAACCUGUUUGUAUUUUCAAAGGAUAUAAAUGAUUCACUGCGGGAUUCCUUGAAUUCUCAAGCGUUACCAGUAUAUGCCUUGAUGGUGUGUAUAUAAUUUAAGUUCUUUCAUGUACAGAGGUGUCCCCAACCUGGUAGCAGGAGACCCUGACCAGAGUUGAGACUAAGAUUCCUCCAUUGCACAGCAAAGCCACGCCUGGAAAAUGAGCCCCACUACACUGUUCAGUUGUGGACCUGUUUGAUUUGCCUUAAAUCUCUACUCAGAAACCUGCCUCUCGGGUUUCUUAAGAAACCAGUGAUGGAUAUUUUCUUUAUAUGUUAACAUUAGAAAUACAAAAAUUCCCUUGUAGGCUAAGAAAACUCAAAGCUGCUUGCACUGCAUAUGGCAGAACGCCUAAAUCCAAAUUCCUAAUGUUUUAUAAAUUACUGUGAAACUUUCAUAAUUUCUGUACUUCUGCCAUUGUAGAAUUCUGUGUGGAAACCAGUCAGAACAG